AUGCACUCCGCGGAGGCUCUUGAGCGACUGCUGCAUGCGCAGACUUCACGGACCUUCUCGCCGCCCGCGCGCUUGCGGGAGCAAGGGAGCCUGCCAGCUACGCCUCGGGCGCUCAGUGAGCCCGGGCGGCCAUCAAAGGCUGCCACAACUCCUCGACGCUCACCCUCGCCCUCACACGCUACCGGCCCGGGCAGCUCUACCAGCACCCAGAGUACGAGCAUGUCGGGGGAGCUCCACAAGCAGAAACAGCCGAGGACCGUUCGGACGAUUCGGAUUCCUGCUGUGGCACGGCUCGACUCUGGGGCUGCAAACAGGACUGGCGACACAAGCCCUGCUGCAAGCACUGUCAGGAAACAGGGCAGUGUCAGCGGUCGAGUAGAAAGUGUAUCGCCUGCACCUUUUCGGGAGACAGACUCCCGAAACGAGACUGGCUUUGGGACAGGGCUCGGACGAAGGCGAAGCUCCACUCCGAGCUUUGAGACCCCGACUACCUUCCUCCGGUCUCUCUUUGCGGCUUGGAAAGGGAUCCUUGCCCGUGGUCCCUCACAGGCCUCGAUGCCCCGGGACGUUUCGAGGCGGGCCCGAACACCGGGUUCCUUCCAGACUCCGCAAGCCAAGCAGGCGCAGGGUUCGGCUACGCCGAAGGCGUGCCCGAAACCCAGCUCUGAGCCCUCGCGCGCAACUCCGAGCACCCCUCGGACAACCCCGAAGACCAGCCCCGGGGGAACUCCAAAAGGAUCCCCACGUGUCGUCCAGCGCAUCACCCGCCGGGACACCCUUGAGCGGCAAAGUCCCGCCAAACCGCGGCAAAGAUCCGCAACUCCCAGCCUGGCGACCCGUUCGCGCCCAGCAACGCCCCGCGACGAAAGGCCUUUGUUCCAGUCCCGACCUGCAUGGCUGCACGAUGGUGGGGUUGCUUUGGCAGACCUCCUCACAUCACGCCCACCUGAGGCUGCAGCCCUGGACCUUCAGAGUGCGCUUGCUCUCGGGGCUCUGGACGUGCGCAAAGCUGCCACCGGGCAAAGUGCCACCCAGAAGGAUCACCGCGUCUGGCAUCUGCCGGAAUGGGCCAAGGAGGAGAAGCGACCUCCUCGUCAGAUGUCUGCUUUGGGAGCAGCAUUGCUGCUUCCACUGGGCGUGGGCUCGUUGGCAGUGCACUUCCUGGACGCUGACACUGAGGAGUCCGAGGAGGUCGAAAUCCCGAGCACGAAAGCAGACUUGUCGCGUCUAAGCUUGAACUGGUCCUUGCACUAUGCCGGUGCACUCCUUUCUUCGGCUGGAGCCAUGCAUUGGGGAAUGCAGUUGGCAGAGAUCGGGGUGCCAAAGCGCAGCGAGUACAUGAGCCUCUACUACCUCUGCCGCUUCAGUGCGCCCGCAGUCUUCGUCUUUUUCGGCUGGGUUGGCUCCGUGUUCAGCACGGCCCUGCCCUUCGAGGCAGCCUUGUGGCUGUUGAGUGGGUUUGCUGGCUUGCUCAGUUUCGAUUUCUUGGCCGGUGCUUUCCGUAUCACUCCUGCCUGGUGGUUCCGCUGGCGAGCGGGAUUCAACCUCUCCGCCAUCUCCUGCAUCCUCGUGCUGCUACUAAGUGAGCGCAAUCUGUACUUGGGCCAGAAGCCCAAGAUGCGCAU